AUGUGUAUGUUGGUGCAGAAAGGGAAGUUGCCGCAACUGCUGGAAAUUGGAAGUGAACGGAGCAGGAGCCAAGGAAAGGUGGUGUUAGGAGUUAGGACCGAGGGGGAAGCCAGGCCAUGGAUCAGGGAUGUGCCCAAUGGAAUCCAGGGGGAGCAUGUCGCGGCAGGGUGGCCGAGAUGGCUCAUGGAGGUGGCAGUAGAUGCGGUUCGUGGGUGGCAGCCUCGGAGGGCAGACUCUUUCCAGAAGUUGGACAAGACCCGACAAGGUACGCAUAGUAGCACUUACAAAGCCCGUGAUCUUGAGAAUGGAAAAUUUGUGGCUCUGAAGAAAGUACGGUUUGACAAUAUGGACCCUGAGAGUGUCCAAUUUAUGGCAAAUGAAAUUCACAUCUUAAGAAAGCUUGAUCAUCCAAAUGUCGUGAAGCUUGAAGGUCUGGUGCCAACAUGGAGAGGCUUGUAUCUUGUAUUUGAAUACAUGGAGCAUGAUCUUGCUGGACUCUUGGCUACACCUGGCUUCAAAUUGACAGAGCCUCAGGUGAAGUGUUUCAUGCAACAACUACUUUCUGGACUUGACCAUUGUCAUAACCGUAAUGUGUUGCACCGGAAUAUAAAGUGUGCAAGUCUCCUACUUGACAAUAAUGGCAUUCUGAAAAUAGCAGAUUUUGGUCUAGCUACAUUCUUUAAUCCCAACCAAAAUCAACGUUUGACAAGUCGUGUGGUAACAUUGUGGUACCGGCCUCCUGAGCUUUUGUUGGGUGCUACUAACUACGGCACUGCUGUUGAUCUAUGGAGUGCCGGUUGCAUUCUUGCUGAGUUGUUGGAAGGGAAGCCUAUCAUGCCAGGACGAACUGAGGUAGAACAGCUGCACAAGAUUUUUAAGCUUUGUGGUUCACCAUCAGAGGAGUUUUGGGCUAAUUUGAAGUUAUCCCGAGUUACCAUAUUCAAGCCUCAGCAUCCGUACCGCCGAUGUGUGAAUGAUGUAUAUAAGGACUUCCCUACUACUGCUUUAACACUUCUGGACCAUCUACUUGCUGUAGAACCUGGGAAUAGGGGUACAGCUGCAUCUGCCCUUGACAGUGAAUUUUUCACAACAAUGCCUUGUGCCUGCGAUCCAUCAAGUCUGCCCAAAUGGCCUCCAAGAAAGGUGAAGAAGCUACGAGGACCCGACCCGCUACCUGCCGCCGCCUCCUCCUCCCCCGCGUCGCUCUCAUCCCUCAUACGCUCCUGCACGUCCCAGUGCGCCCGUCGCCCCGGCGAGCAGGCGCACGCGCGCGCCGUCGAGCUCGGCCUCGGCGCGCACCCCUCGGUGCUCCCCAGGCUCGCUGUCUUCUACAUCACGCUCGACGACCUCCCCGCCGCGCGUGCCGCGGUCGAGCGUGCGGCGGGAAAGGCGCGGGCGUUCCCGUGGAACCUGCUCAUUUGUGGGUAUGCCGACCGUGGGCUGUGGGGCGACGUGGUCCUCGCUUGCCGCAGGAUGCUGGCGCUGGGCGUGGCCGCCGACAGGUUCACGUACCCGUCGGUUCUGUGCGCUUGCGGCGAGCUACGGGAUGCCUCGGUUGGCCCGGAGAUUGAGCAGCGCGUUCGGUCGUGGGGAUAUGGUCUGGACAUGUACGUCUGGAACGCUCUGGUGGGGGUGUACGCCAAGUGCGGGGAGAUGGAGGACGCGCGCAGGGUGUUUGAUGGAAUGCCUGCGCGGGAUGUUGUCAGCUGGAAUGCCAUUGUGUCUGGGUACGCGUCGGCUGGUAUGUGGGGCGAGGCGUUUGACCUGCUGCAGUGGGUUCCUAAUGCGGUUGGAGCAGGAAAUUUGAAGGUGGGGAACGAUGGCGAGGUGAUGAGGUUUGUGUCGCAGAUGAGGAGUUGCCAUGGUCCGGGGCUGGAUUCUGUGACUGUUGUGAUUGGACUCAGGGCAUGUGCUAGGAGUGGGUAUCUGAAGAUUGGCAAGGAGUUGCUUGCUGUGUCUGUUCGUCUAGGCUUUGAUAGGCUUGAGCACGUGGAGAGUUCAUUGAUCACAAUGUACUCCAGAUGCCAAAUGAUGAGCUCUGCAUACCGCCUGUUCAGAACAUGCUCAACUCAAAGCGUAGUAAUAUGGAAUUCAUUGCUAGCAGGAUUUGGAUUCAUGGACCAGGUUGAGGAAGCUAUUUUGCUUUUCAGAGAGAUGAUUUAUUCCUCUGUCUUUCCAAAUGAUGUUACUCUGUUAACUAUGCUUUCACUUAGCGCACGUUUUGGACACCUCUGUCACGGAAGGGAGAUGCACUGCUACAUUUUCAAGCAUGGACUCGGUGCCUCUAACAUACUGCAGAACUCACUUGUCGAUAUGUACUCAAAGUCUAGACAGAUGGCAGCUGCUCAGAGAGUGUUUGAUCAGAUGCAAUGUCAAGACAGGCACGCCUAUACUUCAUUGAUUUUGGGCUAUGGAAUGCAAAGAGAAGGGCAUCUAUCACUGAAGCUCUUUGAUGAAAUGAUCGCCAACAAUAUCAAGGUGGACCAUGUAACUAUGGUUGCUGUUCUUUCAGCCUGCAGCCACUCUGGGCUGGUAACUCAAGGGCAGCUACGAUUUGCUGAGAUGUUUGAUGUGUUUUGCAUUGCACCAAGGGUGGAGCAUUUUUCUUGCAUGGUUGAUUUGUACUGCCGUGAGGGUUUGCUGAGUAUGGCUGAGGAGAUAAUUAACAAGAUGCCAUUCCAGCCAACUGCCGCGAUGUUGGCAACUUUAAUUAAGGCUUGCAGGAUCCAUGGAAAAACAGAAGUUGGGGAUCGAGCUGCAAAGAGGAUGCUGGCCAUGAGGACAAACAACCCCGGUCACUACAAAUUGACUGCAAACAUGUAUAUAUCAGCAAAACGCUGGCCAGAACUAGCCAAGGUUAGAUCAUUAAUGAGCGUCAUGGAGCUAAAUAUGAUUCCAACUCAUUCCCUACUAGAGUCAGAAUAUGACAUAUGUCCAGUCGAACAAGAUUGUUGCUUAAACGGCAGUAUGCAUGGAGGCUUGUCUGAUGACAUGACAGAUACUGAUUUCUCUAGUAGUGAGGAAGUGAAAUGCAAUGAAGCUUUUGGUGGAGGACCUUGCAUUGCUACAUACAAAUUAAAGAUGUCAUUUCCAGUACUACCUUCAAACACGAUCACAAACAAUUUGGCACGGAAGUUGGCAAUAUGUCAAUUCCUUGCUAUCCUUUUCUUCUCCCCUCUCUACUGCAGCUGCAGCCUGGAGCAGCAACUGGCAAUCAUAAUGACAAAAAUGGAAGGCUCCACCGGCAGUGUCCAAAUUGUGUCUAGGCGUUUGGUCCAGCCAGAGUCCGGAAGCUCACCGAACAUGGUGCCGUCAGAGCCAGAGAUCAUUCACUUGACUCCAUGGGAUCUCACGCUGAUCACGGUGGACCACAUCCAGAAGGAAGAGUUCAUUCAUGCCGUGGCUCCUGUGGCCACCGUGAGCCACAUAACCACCCCACUGUACAUCCCAUCAGUCGUGUGGUCCUUCUUCCCGCUGAACAGGCUGCUGAAUGUGGAAGCUGUCGUGAGCUCGCUCCCCGUGCUGGCCGCGCAGGUCACCGAGCUCGCAGAUGGCAUCUUUAUUGCGAUGUCGCUCAACCAUGGCGUCGCCGAUGGGGCUACAUUCUGGCUCUUCUUCAAUACCUGGUCGGAGAUAAACCGGCGCAGCAGCGGUGGAGGUGAAGGGUACAAGCUGUCCACACCGCCGCCUGUGCUGGACAGAUGGUUCCUCGACACCUGCCCGGUGCCAGUCCCUCUACCCUUCGGCAAGCUGGAGGACAUUGUCCGGCGACGCGAGUACACGCCGGUGCAGGAAUGUUUCUUACACUUCUCUGCGGAGAGCAUAAAAAGGCUCAAGACGAAGGCAAAUGCCGAGAUGGCCGGAACUGCGACGGCCACCAUCUCCUCGUUGCAGUCCCUGCUCGCUCACCUUUGGCGAGCUGUGUGCCGAGCCUGGGGGCUCGCACCACACCUGGAGACCACGUACAAGCUUGCCAUCGGAUGCCGCGCUCGGGUGAAGAGUAUACCACAAGAGUACAUGGGCAACGCUGUGGUACUUGAUGUCGUAAAAUCCAUCGUCAGCGACGUCCUGGACAAAGGGCUUGGCUGGGCGGCGUGGCUCCUAAAUCGUGCUGUGCUGUGGCGUCGUUUGACGAGGCGAAGGUGA